GUAGCUGCUGUUAGUUUAGGUGUUUACACGGGACGUGACCGGACAUACAUUCCUCCCCUGUGCUGCUGCAAGAUCGAUCGGCAAUUUAUGUGCUGUUAAGGCUAGAAGUCGUUUAGCGCAGCUGCGAUGGCUGCCACGGCUCAGGACUCGCAGGCUCCCCUGCGGGGGCCUGAGAAGAAGGACGAGGACCGCGAGGACGAGACGGAGUUCUCGCCCUUCUAUGGCAUCGACAAGGGCGCGGUGCUGCAGGAGGCGAGGGUGUUCAAUGACCCGCAAAUUGACCCUCGCAGAUGCCAGCAGGUUAUUACCAAGCUGCUCUACCUGCUGAACCAGGGCGAGGUGUUCACCAAGAAGGAGGCGGCUGAGGUGUUCUUUGGUGUCACAAAGCUCUUCCAGAAGCAGGACAUUAACCUGCGACGGAUGAUGUAUCUGUGCAUCAAGGACAUUUGCCCCGGCGCGGACGAGGUUAUUAUUGUGACCAGCUCGCUGAUGAAGGACAUGAACAGCAAGACGGACUUGUACCGCAGCAACUCAGUGCGCGUGCUGUGCAAGAUCAUCGACUCGCAGCUGCUGGCGCAAAUAGAGCGCUACCUGAAGCAGGCCAUCGUCGACAAGUCGCCGGUCGUGGCCAGCGCCGCUCUUGUCAGCGCACUGCACCUGCUGGGCAACAAUGCAGAAAUCGUUAAGCGCUGGAUUAACGAGGUGCAGGAGGCAGCGCAGAACAAGAACAACAUGGUGCAGUUCCAUGCGGUCGCGCUGCUGCACGCCCUGCGCGCCUCGGACCGCCUGGCCAUCAGCAAGCUGGUCAGCAGCCUCACUAAAGCCAGCGUGAAGAGCCCGCUGGCGCAGUGCCUGCUGGUCCGGUAUGUCGCCCAGGUGAUCCAGGACUCGCAGCCCGGCGCCGGUGGCGAGCAGCGCCCCUUCUACGAGUUCCUGGAGAGCUGCCUGCGGCACAAGGCCGAGGUGGUCAUCUUCGAAGCGGCGCGGGCUAUCUGCAACCUUCGGGACGUGACAGCACGGGAGCUGACGCCCGCCAUCACCGUGCUGCAGCUGUUCCUGAGCAGCAGCAAGCCCGUGCUGCGCUUCGCGGCCGUGCGCACCCUGAACAAGGUCGCCAUGACGCACCCGCUGGCGGUCACGCACUGCAACAUCGAUAUGGAGUCGCUUAUCAGCGACCAGAACCGCUCCAUUGCCACGCUGGCCAUCACUACCCUCCUCAAAACCGGCAGUGAGUCCAGCGUGGAGAAGCUGCUCAAGCAGAUUGGCAGCUUCAUGUCGGACAUCGCGGACGACUUCAAAAUCGUGGUGGUGGAGGCCAUCCGCUCCCUGUGCCUGAAGUUCCCGGCGAAGCAGCGCGCGCUGAUGAACUUCCUGUCGGGGGUGCUGCGGGAAGAGGGCGGGUUCGAGUACAAGAAGGCGAUCGUGCAGAGCAUCCUGGUACUCAUCCAGGAGAUCCCGGACGCCAAGGAGACGGGUCUGGGCCACCUGUGCGAGUUCAUCGAGGACUGCGAGUUCACCUACCUGUCCACGCAGGUCCUGCACCUGCUGGGCCAGGAGGGGCCGAAGACGAAGGAGCCCUCGAAGUACAUCCGCUACAUUUACAACCGCAUCAUCCUGGAGAACGCGACCGUGCGCGCGGCCGCCGUGUCGGCGCUGGCCAACUUCGGCGCGGCGUGCGAGCCCCUGCGCCCCCGCAUCAUUGUGCUCCUGCGGCGAGCGCUGUCGGACAAUGACGACGAGGUGCGUGACCGCGCCACGCUGCACCUGGAGCAGCUGGAGGGCAAGGCGGGCGGGCCGGACGCAGUGCAGCCGCGCCUGGACGUGAACCUAGUGGCCAUGGAGAAGGCGCUGGCGGACUACCUGGCGGUGGGGACAGACAAGCCCUUCGACAUCUCGGUGGUCCCCAAGGCGCCGCCCCCGGCUCGUGCGGCUGGCUCAGGCGCCCUGGGCAUGCCGGGCGCGUCCAGCACCAGCGGCGGCGGCGCGCUGCCGGCCGCCAGUGCUACCCGCAAGGACCCCACGGCGGAGUACGCGGAGAUGCUGCGCUCGAUCCCCCAGCUGGCGCCGCUGGGCGAGGUGUUCAAGAGCUGCGAGCCGGUGCGGCUGACGGAGGAGGACACCGAGUAUGCCAUCUUCUGCGUGAAGCACGUCUUCGAGGGCCACAUCGUGUUUCAGUUCAACUGCACCAACACAAUCGCGGAGCAGGUGCUGGAGGACGUCAGCGUGGCCAUGGACCUGGCGGAUGCGGGCGACUUUGAGGAGGCGUUUACCAUUCCUCUGGACACCAUGCCGCUCAACGGCGUGGGCCAGUGCUACACGGUAGUGACUCGGCCGCCGGGCGCCAUCGCCACCGGGAAGAUUGUCAACAUCCUCAAGUUCAAGGUCAAGGAGAUCGACCCCGGGACAGGCGAGGCGGAAGAGGAGGGCUAUGACGACGAGUACGUGUUGGAGGACCUGGAGGUGAGCCCGGCGGACUACGUGAAGCCCACGCUGCUGAGCAACUUCCGCAAGUCCUGGGAGGAGCUGGACCCCAGCACCGAGAAGGAGGACGAGUAUGGCCUGGGCGUGCGCGAGGGCCUGCAGGAGGCGGUGGAGGCGGUCAUCGGCAUUCUGGGCAUGCAGCCGUGCGAGGGCAGCGAGGCGGUGCCGCCCAAUGCGCGCAGCCACACGGUGCUGCUGGCGGGCAUCUUCGUGGGCUACCAGCAGGUGUUGGUGCGCAUGUCGUCCGGCAUCGACGCCGCCAACAACGUGGCCAUGAAGCUGGUGGUACGCGCCGAGUCGUUGGAGCUCAGCGAGGCCGUGCACCAGAUCAUCCAGGACGCGUAGAGUCGCGAGACUCGCGCUCAUGCUUGCGGGCGGUCGCGUUGUGUGUGCGCGCGCUCGGUGUCUCUAGUCUGGUAGUGCGCUGGUGGCGGGUGGCGUGUGUGAAUGAGAGUAGUAUAGCUAGUGGGUGCAAUGAGCAUCGUGUAUGAGACCGGGGAACCGGUGGAAGUGCAUAGGUUAGGGGAGCGGCUGGCUGGUCUCAAAGCGACUGAUUGGCUGGUCUAUUAGGGACCCAGCGCAGGACGCACGGGCAGGCUUUGUGGUAGGAUAUCCAAGUAAAUACAGUAGCCGGGACGUUCCGGUUGGAGCUGAGGAGUGUUUCGCCGGACGGCAACACGAACUGCGCAGGGGCGAAGGCCAUGGUGGCAAGCAAGGAGAUUAGACCAGUGCCUGUGGUGACGAAGGGCUCGGACCCGCAAGCACGGCAUCGAGUCGGGUGCAGCGGAAACACUUGAUAGCAGCUGCGUGCGCUGGAGGAUGAGGGCGCGGCGUGUGAUGAGCAGGUUCUCGUAUGCCCGCCGGUAGAGCGGUUGGUGCACUGAAGGCGUGUGUGGCUGAGACCACGCACAAUGGCAUAAGCGAUUCGAUGCUCGAAGGCCGCAGGUGCUCAGAUGGUUGUAACCGCUGGCCCAAGCAUGAGAUUGGCGCGCUGCAUUUCGUUUGCAUCGCCUACAUUUCACCUGUGGGCUAAAGCGCAUUCUCAGGACCCCGCGCAUUUCUGCAGACGUGCACGAGUGAUCAUCCCCCAUCCUAUCCCGGCGCUGGGGCCAAUUGGUGAACCCCGGCAUUGAGUAAGCUGUCUGCUACCUUGCUCGAAUGGCCAUUGAUGUCUCACCAACACGCCACUGGGAUUGUAGCAGGGGAGUAAUCACUUAGGAAUGUUGGGAUAGCAUGUCACGCACACUCCCGACCGCUCCCCUUGAUGCGAUGGGACAUCUGUGGGGGCCAGGUUCGCAAUGUCCCGUAGUGUGCAGCGUACUCCCAGACCCGAGUAUACCACAGCCAAUUCGCAACGGCUGGUAGAACGCUGGAGUUACUGGCCGCUCCCCUGCAUUGCAGCUUGUCUGAAAUACCGUACUAGCUUGUGCAACUUGCAAUCCAUCCGUUGCUUCUGACCCACUCCUGGCAAGGGGCUCCCUGGGACUGCCGGCUGCUGCUUUGGUCUGCACCCAGAACGCUCGAAUCGGUUACCCCUGAACCCUGUGGUCUCCAGCAGGUUGCAUCCCUACUGGCUCAUCCCCGCAGCACCCGAAUCU